AUGUUAAAAUUUCAACAUUAUAAGAUAACCGGUUUUCCGGUUCUUUACGAAUUUUUGCGGUUUAAAGUAAAUCCGGUUUUAGGGGUACAAUCUAACCAAACUGAGCUCCGGUUCAGAGAAGAGAAAGGCCAUAACCCUGAACUCAUCCGCGAAUCACAACGCUGUCGUUUUGCUAAUGUUGAAGUCAUCGAUAAGAUCAUUCUCCUCGACAAGGAGAGGAGAAAGCGUCAAUUUGAGCUCGAUAAUCUCCAGAAGGAGUUUAAUAAGAUCAACAAACAAAUUGCUAGACUGAAAAUUGCAGGGGAGGAUGCGAGUGAACUGAUUAAAACUGCGAAUGAGAACAAAGAAUUGGCUGAUGAAAAGAAAAAAGAAGUGCGUGAGGUGGCGGCAGCUUUGGCUAAGAAACUGGAAGAAGUUGGAAACCUGGUGCAUGAUUCAGUUCCUGUUAGUAACGAUGAGGCUGAUAAUGUUGUUACUCGUAAUUGGGGUGAGAAACGGAUGGAGCCUAAUUUGAAAAACCAUGUUGAGCUUGUUGAGCUUCUGGGAGUUGCCGAAACCAAGAGAGGUACUCAUGAGUCAAGACUCGGGUUUUAUUCGGGUUUUGCAUUUGUUCAGUUGAUCAGAUUUGCGCUAGAUUUUUUGAAGAAGAGGGAAUACAAAGUCAAGUGGACUCCCUUUUUAAUGAGGAAAGACAUUAUGGAAAAAUGUGCCCAGCUAGCACAAUUCGAUGAAGAGCUAUACAAGGUGACUGGUGAAGGAGGUGACAAGUAUUUAAUUGCUACAGCUGAACAAGCGCUAUGUGCAUAUCAUAUGGAUGAUCGGAUCCAUCCUUCACAGCUACCAAUCAAAUAUGCUGGAUACUCAUCUUGUUUCCGUAAAGAAGCUGGUACGCAUGGUCGUGAUACUUUGGGAAUUUUCCGAGUUCAUCAAUUUGAAAAAGUGGAGCAAUUUUGUAUUACCAGCCCAAAUGGCAACGAUUCUUGGGAUAGGCUUGAGGAAAUGAUCAAGAACUCCGAGGAUUUCUACAAGAUGCUUAACAUCCCCUACCAAGUUGUGGCUAUAGUUAGUGGUGCUUUGAAUGAUGCUGCUGCAAAAAAGUAUGAUUUGGAAGCAUGGUUUCCUGCUUCCAAAGCAUAUAGAGAGUUGGUCUCCUGUUCAAAUUGCACAGACUACCAAUCAAGAAAAUUAAACAUACAAUAUGGGCAGAAGAGCAAUGAGCAGGCAAAGCAAUUCGUUCACCUAUUGAACUCUACCCUCACCGCAACAGAGAGGACAAUUUGUUGCAUCCUCGAGAACUAUCAGAAGGAAGAUGGUGUAGAUAUUCCGGAACCUUUGAGAGUAUAUAUGGAUGGAGAAUCUUUUAUCCCAUUCUUAAAGAAGUAAACAACCCAUCUGCGUAUGUUAGACUUAGGACUAGUUGAUAAGGAUCGUGUCAUAGGGCUAUGACCUUCUUUUGAAGGUUGUCUUAUUUUAGAAUUACUGCGAUGAGGAGCUACGGUGAUUAGUCAUUAAAAAACCUUUGAAAGAUAGUUUGCUUACAAUACUGGAAUUUCAGAUUCCAAAGGUAAGAGUUAUUGUGAUUGUUACCGCAUGAACAACAAAUUUUCGAAUUUUGGUCGAGAUUUAACUUUUUGUUAUUCAGUUCUUUUAUAUGGACAAAAAUUAAAUAUUAAAGCAUAUUUUCUGGUCA